AUUAACGGAUUUGUUACAAGGUGGUUUGUUGUGAUUUUGGAGGCUACCUUGUGCCUGUUACGGGCUGUGCACGUUUAUGUCGGAUUCUCUUGACAUUUUAGGUCUACAUAGCCACAACUUGAAUGAUGAGUCUGUCUUUAAGGACUGAGCUGGCAGUGGAUAAAACCAAGCGGAAGAAGAGGAGAGAGCUGACUGAGGAGCAAAAGCUUGAAAUCAAAGAGGCGUUUGAGCUGUUCGACACAGACAAAGACAAAGAGAUAGACUACCAUGAACUCAAGGUGGCAAUGAGAGCUCUGGGUUUUGAGGUGAAGAAAGUGGAUGUGCUGAAGAUACUAAAAGAUUACGACAGAGAGGGCAAUGGCAAAAUAACUUUUGAUGACUUUAAUGAAGUUGUGACAGACCGUAUGCUGGAGCGGAACCCUAAGGAGGAGAUCCUGAAGGCCUUUAAGCUGUUUGAUGAUGACGACUCAGGGAGGAUCAGCAUGAGGAACCUGAGACGUGUGGCCAGAGAGCUUGGAGAGAAUAUCACAGAUGAGGAGCUACGCAGCAUGAUAGAUGAGUUCGAUACAGACGGAGACGGAGAGAUCAACCAGGAGGAGUUUGUUUCCAUAAUGACUGGAGACUCCUGAUUGGUGGGCUGCUGCUCUGGGGGCUUGGCUAGGAGGCUGAGGCUAGAUUCACUGUGGGAUGGAUGGGUCCCCCAGGUCACUGAGGAACUGCUGGAGAGGUUACCUUGUCUCCUUUCCUUCAUCUAAACUGACCUUAAAAUAUCUGGCCAGGUGAAGGAGAGGAGGUAAGGAAGCCACUGUAGAUUAUUUGGACUCAUCAUCUGGCCCAGUAGCACUACUGUGGUUCUUGUCUUUGUUGAAACAUGUUGUGUGUUUUUAGAAUAAGUCUGAUCCAACUACAACCGUAUAUAGUGUAUGUUCUUUUAGUGUUAGUACAGUUCUUUCGAAUGCAAAUGGUAUUCCCAAAAAACAGAAUAUAUGCGCUUGCUGUGCUGUUUAUUCAUACCCUACAGAAAACUGUAGAGAUUAUAUUACAGGUCAUCUCUCUGAAACAUUCCAGAUAAACUUCAGUUUUCAAUAGUACUUCUGGAUGGUGGUUUAAACAGCAAAUACAAACAGGUUCCAAACACCCACAUUUUGUAGUUUAAUAGACCAUUUUCAUUUGAUUAUUACUCUGUUUCUUUGUGUUAUUUAUUUUACAUAAUAAACCAAAUUGACUAUGA